AUGGCAGUUUUUAGAAAUUACGACGUAGAGGUAGUAGAGGGAGAAAUUGUAUUGCCCGCUCUACCAAUCCAACAUAGAUCUUCCUUUCAGGAGCAUGUUCUUCCUUUCAGCAACAUAGAUCUAACAAUCCCUGCUUUUGGCGUACAUGUUUUAUUCUAUUAUGAAAAACCCUCUGAGAUUUCUAUUACGUCUGUUGUGUCUAAUCUCAAGAUUUCUCUCUCAAAGGCUUUCGUGUCUUUUGAUGCUUUUGCUGGAAGAUUGGUCAGUAAUGGUGUUGGGGAUACAGAGCUGGUUUGCAAUAACAAGGGUGUUGAUGCUUUUGCUGGAAGAUUGGUCACUUCUCUUGCUCAAGUGGAGUUCUACAACCGCAUUGUUGCUGUGGCCGACACGCUUGUAACAGAGUUUAGCUGUGUUGGGAUAGUUGUGGGUUGUACAUUCGAUCACAGGGUUACAGAUGCAUUCUCUGCCAAAAUGUUUUUCAGAAACGAAACAAUCAAGUCCAUAACAAGCUUUACGCGCUACAUUCUAGUCCCUAGAGAUCCUCCAAAUUGUUAUUCAGAAAUUGACAAAAUGUAUAUAAAACUGCAGUCUUUACAACAACCCAUCAAACAGAUCCCUGAGCCUCGCAAAGCCAGUAGAAUCUAUUAUCUUGGUGCCAAAGAUAUAGAAAAGCUCCAACACCGUGCAAAAAAACAUGGCAACAAUUAUAUUAGCAAAUUAGAAUUUUUUUCUGCUUAUUUUUGGAAAUUGUUAAUACAAUGCCAAGAGAUAAAGGACACAAUAAAUUGUAAUAUACGCAUUGCUAUAGAUGGUCGCUCUCAUCUAAAGAAGAUGGGAAUGCCCGCUAACUACUUUGGAAAUGUUCUAUCGACAACUUUUGCUACAGCUAAUGCAGGUACCAUCAAGGAGGAACCACAUAGUUGGGUUGCAAAGCUAAUUCAUGAUGCAAUAAAUAGGGCAGUAAAUGAAUAG